UCGGAACUUGGCCGCAUCAUCCCUCCAAUGAAGUCUUGGCAUCCUGUCGUGCAGGGAAAAUAGAGCCAUGCCAACAUGCCAAGCCGCAGCCGGCCCAGAAAAGAGUCCUCCGGCAUAUGCAAUCCCAAGCUGAAGAAGCUGAAGCUCUUGCACAUCACAAAGAAUGCUGGAACUGCCCUUGAGAAGUUGGGCAAAGAACUUGGAAUGAAGUGGGGGAAACAGUGGAAAGAGCUGCAAAUUCACCGUGGGAAGCUUCAUCCACCUCAUGCUGGACGCUUGCGGUCAGAAUGGUGGCAUGUCCCUCCUCAAUUCUUUGUGGAAGACCCCUACAGUGGCUAUGUGCCUUUUGCUGUAGUUCGUUGUCCCUACACGCGAGCGAUUAGUGAGUUUCGAUGUUGCUGGAAGGGGUACUGUGCGCCCGUGGGAAUGGAUGAAACCAAGAAGUGCCGCCGGAAAGAGGCAACCUCUUUGGACUUGAACCGAUGGUUGCAACAGAAGCUGAGCCCGAAAGCAAUACAACCACCUUACCAAAAUGCCCACUUCAUACCGCAGCACUUGUACAUUUUCGAUGCAGAAGGCAAACCCUACGUGGCCAAGGAGAACCUCGUGCGAUUCGAGCACUUAACAGAAGACCUCGCAAAGCUAGGUGUGCACCAUGGUAUUGAUUUUCCUCCACUUCCUCGAGUUAACGAGUCAGAGAUGCCCAAAUUUUCAGUUGAGGAUCUUGAUCAAGUCACCAGAGAUUUGAUAGAAUCAGGAUUUGCAAAGGACUUUGACCUCUUAGGCUUCCAACGGCUUGAUCCGACACGCUCUGGCAAAGGGCCAUUACAUGCCGAUCACUGAAGAGCUUGGCAUCUCGGUCAACACUCUCUUGGCAGCUGGGCCACAACUCCUAUGUGUGUUGUGCCGGAAGGAGCUGCGCAUCUUUUUUGCGAGCAGCUGCGCAGAUGCUGAAGGGCUUCGUACCACGGGGCUCGUGCAAACCGAGCGAGAUCGGCUGUGAGGCAGGUUUGGCGAACGCGGCAAAGACUUGGUCCAUGGCGACCAGAUUUGUAAGCUGCAAAAAU